GGGGGGGUUACCCAGUGGCAGUUUGCAGCAGUGCAGUGGGGCGAUGGUACCCAGUGGCAGUUUGCAGCAGUGCAGUGGGGCGAUGGUACCCAGUGGCAGUUUGCAGCAGUGCAGCGGGGCGAUGGUACCCAGUGGCAGUUUGCAGCAGUGCAGUGGGGCGGCGGUACCCAGUGGCAGUUUGCAGCAGUGCAGUAGGGCAACGGUACCCAGUGGCAGUUUGCAGCAGUGCAGCGGGGCAACGGUACCCAGUGGCAGUUUGCAGCAGUGCAGCGGGGCGACGGUACCCAGUGGCAGUUUGCAGCAGUGCAGUGGGGCGACGGUACCCAGUGGCAGUUUGCAGCAGUGCAGCAGGGCGACAGUACCCAGUGGCAGUUUGCAGCAGUGCAGCGGGGCGAUGGUACCCAGUGGCAGUUUGCAGCAGUGCAGCGGGGCGAUGGUACCCAGUGGCAGUUUGCAGCAGUGCAGCGGGGCGACGGUACCCAGUGGCAGUUUGCAGCAGUUUGCACAGUGCAGCGGGGCGAUGGUACCCAGUGGCAGUUUGCAGCAGUGCAGCGGGGCGAUGGUACCCAGUGGCAGUUUGCAGCAGUGCAGUGGGGCGACGGUACCCAGUGGCAGUUUGCAGCAGUGCAGCGAGGGGCAGUCAGGACACUCAGGUCUUGCGGAACAGGCACAGAAUGGAUAAAAGCUUCAGGCCCUGUUUCAUUUCAGCCAUUUGCUUUUAACUUUUCUUUUUUGGGCCCUGGGUGGCACGGGGUAGUUGAUGGGGGGGGGGGGGUAGUUGCAGGGCCCCGGGGGUAGUUUCAGGCCUGGGGUUACAUACAGCGG